AUGAUAGAAGCAUUAAUUGGUGCAUUUUUAAUUUCCACAAAUUAUAUUACAACUAUAAAAUUUAUGAAAUGGUUAGGUCUUGAUACAAUUCCAAUAGAUAAGCAAAAUCAAAUAAUAAAACCACCAUCAAUUCUACAUCCCAAUCUAUCUGACACAACGGAUGAUGUUAUAAGUAAAAUUCAAGAAUUUUUCAACAAUUUCACAUUUGAUGAUAUUGAAAAAAAGAUCAAUUAUGUUUUUAAGAACAAAGCAUAUCUAAUUGCAGCAUUUACUCAUCCAUCAUAUUAUAAUAAUCCUUUUACUCAAUGUUAUGAAAGAUUAGAAUAUUUAGGAGAUGCUAUAUUAGAUUUUCUGGUUGUACGAUGUGUUUUCGUUGAAUAUUAUAAACAAGUUACACCAAGUCGAGUAACGGAUAUUCGACAAGAUUUAUCAAAUAAUGGUCGUUUAGCAUAUUUGCUUGUUUCUUGUGAUCUUCAUAGAAAAAUUCUCCAUGAAUCGCCGUAUCUUUUUGAUCAAAUGACAUCUUAUCUUGAAAACUCAACACUUUUUCCAAAAGAUCAAUCAAUGAACGACAAACUGGACAAAGAUAUUGAUCAAUGGGCUGAUUCAACAGCACCAAAAGCUCUUGCUGAUGUAUUUGAAGCUUUAAUCGGAGCAAUAUUUCUUGAUUCUGGAUAUUGUUUAGAAACAGUUUGGAAGAUUAUUGAACCUUUACUUCGACAAUAUAUUAAACGAUCGAUUAAACAUCGAAAUGUAAAUCCGGUGAGAUCAUUUUUUGAAAAAGCUGGAAAAAUCAUUGAGGAAUCAUAUGAUGGAAAAGGAGAGUUUACUUGUACUGUUGAAUUAUCAAAUGGAGCUCGUUUUGAUGGUCAUGGAAAAAACAAAAAACUUGCAAAAUAUGAUGCAUGUCAAAAAGCAAUGAACAAUUUGUAG